CAGAGCCUUCGAAGCUGUGCGUUUUGAGCCAUCGCCUUUCUCUCUAUCUUCCCGAUUUCGGAGCUCCUCCGAUUCCCUCUCUCUCUUUCAUUCAAUUUCUCGCUGUAUCGCUCGCCGCCGGUAAGGCCUUCGAUACCUGUGAAUUUCUCAAAGGCGAAGCUUUGAAAAAAAAAAAAAAAAAAAAAAAAAGCUCAAUAUUGAUUUCUAGGUUUUCGUUCUUGAUCUCAUUCAAUUUAGCUGAAAAAAGAAUCGAAGAUUUUUAUUUUCUCUGCCUGAUUCUGAUAUCUGUUAUUGAAUUUCACCAGUUUUUGGUUCUAUUUUUUGUGUUAAUUUCGAUAUUCAGUUUGUGUUCUCUCUCUAUUUUGUGCUUUAUCGAAAAAAAGAAAAAAAAAAAUUGAAUUGUUGGUUUAGGGAUUGGGAUUAUUGGGGGGUUUAUUAGAGUUAUAGUUUGAAAAAAGAAAUUGAUUUUGGGGGUUAGGGUUUGGUUGUUCUGUAUUCUGGAAUUGUUGAAUUGGGGGUUAGGGUUUGGUUGUUUUUUAUCCUGGAAUUGUUGAAUUGGGGGUUAGGGGUUGGGGAGUUGGGAUUUGAUUAGGGAUUGUGUGAUUGUUAUAUUUUUUUUGAGUUUGAUUAUUGAUUGAGAAGAGUUGUGGUUGUGAAUCAAAUGGCGGCAGGGCAAGUUGAUGUUUUGAGAAGGGACUUUUAUAAGCAUUCCAAAAGACAGAAUGAUCAUUACAGGAAUGAUUCUCAUGGCGCUGAAUAUGGUCGGGGCCGUGAUCAUGGUGCUAGACGUAAGAAUGGGUACCAUUAUUCUUCGAGAACUCGUGACUGGGGGUCUAGUAGAGAUGGGUUUGGCAGUAGAAUCGAGGAGAGAAAGGUGGAAGAUUUGUCAAAGGGUGAUAAAGUUGCAGGUUAUGAAGAUGGGGUUCGGCUGCCUGCAGAAAAGAAGAGGAAGAUCUCUCCAAUUGUGUGGGACAGAGAAGAGAAGGAUGUGAGGGUCUCAUCUAAGAAUAGAGUUGUACUGGUUGCUCCACUGCCGUCUCCUUGCCCACCUGCACCCAGCUUGAGUGGUGUGGCAUGUCAUGAUGUUUUGGAUGUGGAUGUUUCGAAGUGUGCUGUUUCAGGAGUUGAGAUUCAGGGAUUUGAUAAUUUGGCAGAUAAGGUUGCUGUGGAAGAUGGGUUGGUGGGUGAAUUGAAUUCUCAAACUGAUUUGUCCUCUUCAUUGCCUUCAGAGCAAUCUGGGGAUGACUGUAGACAAGAACAUGUGGAGGAAGAAGAGUUUGUUGGAGCACGGAAUAUCUCAAUGUCAAGGUGGGCUUCUGAUGAUGAAGCUUUGGAUGACUCUAGGAGGUCGAGUCCUGAGAGUGGGGAGAUCUGUACAGAACUCUCAGGAGAGGGUAGGGCAUCUAGCUUUGAUAGAGAUGGUUGUUCUGUGGGACCUGUCAGUGGAAAUACAUAUUGUGAGAGUGAGUUGUUAGAUGGUGAUUCAAUGGGUAUUGAUGACAAACAAGGUGAGAAUGCUAGUGUUAUGGGGUCAGAUGCAGACUCAGAGGGUGAUGGUGAUGCCCGUCAUGUUGAAGAGACUAGAGUCCCUACCCAAAGAAGCACAAACAUGCUUCAGGGUUGUAGAAGUGUGUACGAGUUUGAAUACCUUAAAAAGAUAAAUGAAGGCACUUAUGGGGUUGUGUAUAAAGCCAAGGAUAAGAAGACGGGGGAAAUUGUGGCCUUGAAGAAGGUGAAGAUGGGUGUAGAAAAGGGGGAUGGUUUCCCUUUGUCAUCAUUGAGGGAAAUAAACAUUCUCAUGUCUUUCAAUCACCCUUCUGUUGUUGGUGUUAAAGAAGUUGUUAUGGAUGAGGAUGACUUUGAUAGUGUUUUCAUGGUUAUGGAGUACAUGGAAUCUGAUGUCAAGGGUGUAUUGGAGGCAAUGAAAGUCAAGAAACAGCUUUAUUGUAUGAGUGAAGUUAAAUGCUUGAUGCGGCAGCUGUUGGAGGGUGUCAAGUAUCUUCAUGACAAUUGGGUGAUUCAUAGAGAUUUGAAGACAUCAAACCUUCUAUUGAGCAAUGAGGGUGAGUUGAAAAUAUGUGACUUCGGGCUGUCUCGCCAAUACGGGAGCCCACUAAAGCCCUAUACCCCUCUUGUGGUGACCCUCUGGUACAGAGCACCUGAACUUCUGCUAGGCACAACGAAGUACUCAACAGCAAUUGAUAUGUGGUCAGUGGGAUGUAUAAUGGCUGAAUUGGUAGCGCAGGAAGCACUUUUCAGAGGAAAAAAUGAAAUUGAUCAGCUUGGCAAGAUUUUUCAAAUUCUUGGCACACCAAAUGAUAAGAUUUGGCCUGGAUUAACAAAAUUGUGGGGAGUUAGACCAAAUAUAGAGCAACCGUAUAAUCUAUUGCGGAAAAAGUUUCCUGCCAGAUCCUUCAUAGGAUCUCCUGUUCUUUGUGAUUCAGGAUUUGACUUGUUGAACAAACUUUUAACUUAUGACCCAGAGAAGCGGAUAACUGCAGAGGCCGCUCUUAAGCAUGACUGGUUUAGCAAUCUGGCAGCCUGAUAAUGCUUUAGAGCUAAGCGUUGUGCCAUAUCUUCUUCAGCAAACUUUAUAUCCACCUAUUUGGUAAGCUUCUUCAAAAGUAACAGAGUCAGAAUCCUUUAGAAGAGGAGUGAGAAAGGAUUUAUGAUGAGAGUUGGCUGGUUCACUUGAUCGAGAAUGCAAGGCAGCCUGAUGGUACUACAAAGCAAUUUUUUUUAGCUUUGUGCCUUAUCUUCUUUAUCAAACUUUCUUAUCUACCUAAUUGUUAAGCAUCUGCAAAAAGGGGGGAAAAAGCCGGGAUCCUUUAGAAGAGGAGUGAGAAAGGAGUUGUGACGAGAAUUAGAUGCUUCACCUGUUCAAGAAUGGUGGAUUGAUGCAUAAUGGAUUUUGGCAGGUGUAGACUAACAACUGACAUUUUAUUUUUUGCAAUGUACAUCUUUCUUUGAAGACAUAUUUCAGUUGAAACUUGUCUAAAUAUUUCAGAAAUAUAUCUUUGUAAAUGAUGCAGCUCUGGCUGUAACUAAUAUUGAUACAAUGUCAAUUUUAUUCCUACUACUUCUUCCCUUUA